AUGGAGUAUCUGAUCCGGUUCGCGCAGCAGCACGAAUCCUUUCGUCUACCAGAAAUCCAGGCCCUGGCCACUCUCGCCGGCAUCGACCUGGAGGUCAUCUCCUACAAUGACUACGUACCAUUCUUUCCAAAGACAUAUACGAGCUCUGGGGACAAGGCAGCACCUAUGACGAGGUGCACGCCGACGUGCGGCGCCGGACGCCGCAUCUGUGGACCCAGUACCAAAAGACACCCCUUUGCAUUCUACGUCGAGUGCUUCGCCGGAAAACGGAGUCAUUCCGCCAAGAUGGAAAUUAUCAAGUCAUUCUCCUAUGUCGGCUUCACGGGCCCGAUCCGGCUCAAGAAUCCGGAUCAGCAGUGGUGGGUGAUGGAGGAGUACGUGUCUGACGUGGAAGCCGCCGCAGUUGAGGACAUAUCACAAUCUCCUGAACCGAGGAAGAUAUAUCUAGGCCGCAAGAUCGCGGAGGGGAAUCGCAGCGCCGUUGACAAGUAUGACUUGAAGAAGCGAAAAUACAUCAGUACGACCUCCAUGGACGCAGAGUUGAGUCUAGUCACGGCGAAUAUGGCGCACGCCGCGCCGGGGAAGCUCUUUUUCGAUCCGUUCGUCGGAACAGGCAGCUUUAUAGUCUCCGCUGCGCAUUUCGGGGCUCUCACGCUGGGAUCGGAUAUCGAUGGUCGUGCGUUCCGCGGGAAGGCGGGCGAGCGCAAGGAUGAAAUGUGCCUGCUGCAGAACUAUCGGCAGUAUGGGCUCAUGAGCCAGUUUGUCGACGCGUUCAUUUCGGAUCUUACGAAUAGCCCGCUGCGUAGGGCGCAGUUCCUCGAUGGAGUUGUUUGUGAUCCGCCGUAUGGCGUUCGUGAAGGGCUGAGGGUUUUGGGAAUGAAAGAUGGGCGCGGCAAGCAACCCGUUUAUAUCGAUGGUGUUCCUGCUCACUAUCGUCCGGGAUACAUCGCUCCCAAAAAGCCGUACGGGUUUGAGGCACUGCAGAAUGAUAUCUUGGACUUUGCUGCACAGACUCUAGUCAACGACGGCCGUCUGUCGAUGUGGAUGCCAACUGCCAACGACGAAGACGUCGAGUUCCCGAUUCCCAUGCAUCCGAAUCUGGAGGUGCUCAGUGUUUCUGUUCAGCCGUUUAAUAACUGGUCCCGCCGACUCAUAACCUACCGUCGUCUUCCGGAGGGAGAAGUGUCUGAUGUGUCAUUGGCUCGAAGCAAAGCUGAUGGCCUGGGAAUGAGUGCCGAUGAUCUCAAUGCAUUCCGACGGAAGUUUUUCAACAGAAAAUAA